AUGGCGGACCUUGCCAUUGGGAUUUCCAGGACGGCUGUUCAGGCCCUGGUGGACAAGGUCAAGUCCGCACUCAAAGAGGAGGCGGAGCUGUGGCAGAUCGUGCAGCGUGAUAUGGUGUUCAUCCAGGACGAGUUCGAGAUGAUGGAGUCAUUUCUCAGCACCGCGGAUGGCAGGCGCAUCAAGAAUAUUGUGGGGAAGACCUGGGUGAGGCAAGUCUGGGACCUGUCCCACCAAGUCGAGGACUGCGCUGAGUUUGUCCUCCACCUGGACACAAAGCGUUCAUGGUGGGCGUUUUCGCUCCGGUUGCUGCCAUCCUGCUGCAAAUCGGGAAUAGCGCAGCCCCUGGACGAGGUGGUCGCCGAGAUAAAGCUGCUGAAGGCCCGGGUCGAGGAGGUGAGCCAGAGAAACCUGCGCUACAACCUCAUCGGCGACUCUGGCUCUAAACCUGCUGUGCCAAUGCAGCAGACGACCGCUGCUGGUACAUUUGACAUUCCCGACACCUCUAAGAAUCAUUAUGCUAGGGGCUUCUUGGAUCUCACCAAGUUGAUUGCCACGGAAGGCGAGGACCUUCAAGUGAUCUCAGUUUGCGGAACAGGAGGUGAUUUUGGGAAAUUAUCCAUCAUCAGGAAGGCGUACGAUGAAUCAAGAACCAAGGGACAAUUCAGAAACUAUGCCUGGGUGAAGCUGACAUAUCCUUUCAGUCCCCAUGAUUUCAUCAAUGACAUGGUUGCUCAGUUCUACACAAACGCCAAUCAGAAUGAACCAGAAGAAUCUGUUGGUCGAGAUCUCCUACAUCGGACGAACGACUUCCAUAUAUUUGACCUUGCCAGGGAGCUCCUUGAUCGUGUUUGCAACUAUAGGUACCUCAUCGUCCUGGAAGAUGUGUCCUCCAUGCCAGUAUGGGAUCGCAUAAGGGCGUACCUGCCGGACACCAAGCAUGGAAGCCGAAUCGUCGUGUCAACCCACCAGCUCGAGAUUGCAAGCCUAUGCACAGGAAAUCCGUACCAAGUAUCUGAGCUCGGGCAAUUCUCAGAAGAUCACUACGUCUUGGUCUUCUUCAAGGACCACAACGCACAACAUUCAGAAGGCUUUCUACGUGAUGAAGUAAAAUACCAGAAGAGGUCAUCAUUUGUAAGAGAAGUGGCCAAUGAUUGGAAGAACAACUGUUUCCUUGUUGGGCGCGAUAGGGAAGUGCAUGAACUUGGUGAAAUGAUAAGAGACUGCUUUUACAGAAAUGAAGCAUAUGUAGUAUCCGUGUGUGGGACCGCUGGUGUUGGGAAAUCAAGUAUCGUCCAAGCUGUUUACAACCAUUUUGUGGCUAAUAGGAACCACGGGAUGUUUGAAAGGUUGGCAGUCAAAUACAAGGCCAUUUCGUGCCUUCCAAAUGUGCCAGAGGACAAGAAGUAUCAUGUCGAGUUUGACAGUCACCGAGAGGACACUGGUAACCUGAAUCUCCCAGGGUCGUCGGAACGUAUCCCCAAGGAUGGUGAUGUGUAG